AAUCUAGAAGUUGUUAUCUAACAGGAAGUGUCCUUUAUUUGUUUCGCCCUCCCAUGCCCAAAGCACCCUAUUACAACAAUUUGCAGCAUUACGGGUACGUGCGCAAUAUCGUCUGCGCAGUCGUCUGUGCAGGAAUUAGUAAAGAUAAGAACCAAUAAACUGAGAGAAAAGUCUGUAGCCUUUUCAGACGAAAAUUAAAGACGCAGUUAUCGGGUCGAAACGUUCUAUUUCGCCGUGUCCCAAAUUUACGGAAGCUAAAAUAUUAUCAUUGGAGAGCACAAUCUGGUUUGAAAAGAAGAUGGCGAAUCGAAUGAUGAGAGCUGUGGAGAUUGAGAAAUUCGGUGAUGCCGACUCGCUGAGCGUAAAAGAGAAUAUCCCUGUUCCACAAGUGGGAAAAUAUGAGGUUCUGAUACAAAUGAAAGCUGUAGGGAUAAAUGAAUUAGAGCUUCGAGUCCGAUCCAACGGCUGGCGUACCUUCAAACCGCCAUUCAUCCUUGGUUUCGAUGGAGCAGGAAUCAUUGACUCCGUAGGCGAAGGUGUUACGACACUGAAGCCCGGAGAUCGAGUAUAUGUCUUCCAGCCAAUCACAGGAACAUACGCAGAAUAUUGUUUAGCCGCUCAGGAUCGAGUCUACAAACUUCCGAAUAACCUUUCCUUUGAAGAGGGCGCCGUGUUACCAAACCCAUAUUUUUGUUCAAUCAGGUGUUUUACAAGGGCAGGCUUUAAGAAAGGCGAAACAGUUCUAGUCAACGGUGCAAGUGGUGGGUUCGGUCUGGGGGCAAUCCAGCUCGCUCGUGGGUUAGGUGCGUCUAAAGUGGUGGGAACAGCGGGGACAAUGAGAGGAAGAGAAUUGGUGAAACAGAUGGGGGCUGAUGAAGUCAUAGAUUACAAAAGUCCGGAUUUUAAGAGAAAUCUUAGGGAUAUUUUCGGACCUGAAGGAGUUGACAUCAUAAUUGAAACAAACGUCGACGUCAACUUCGAAAUGGACAUGGAACUUGUUGCUCGAAUGGGGCGUAUAGUGGUCAUCGGGAAAAGAGGCAAAACGGUCUGCACCCCACAGAAUCUAGUGUUUAAGGAAACAACCGUCUUGGGUUGUGCAUUAUUCUUCUGUGACUCGGGCGAGCGGAAGAUCAUGAGCGAGAUCAUCGAUCACGGGGCGAAUGAAGGGUGGCUGAAGCCUUACGUGGGCACGACCUUCAAACUCAGCGAAGUCGCCGCGAGUCACAAAUUCAUUGAGAAUCGAAGGGGGGCUUCAGGAAAGUUGAUUCUGCUCAUAGAUUCAUCCGCAGAAGUCUAAAGUCUUUUCGGAAGGGCUUUGACAUGUAUGAUGUCCAAAGUUAGACAAGUGGCGGAUCCACGUGGGGUGCCUGGAAUUCCCGUCUCUAUAUUUUAAAAAAACUUGCCCGCAUAUAUUAAUAGAGCUAAAUCUAAUUUGCGCCCCUCUUCAAAAUCCUUGAUCUGCUGCUCUGUGUUAAUGAGUCUCUAUAUACCAUUAAUUCCCCCCUAUUCUCUCUGUCCAUUCCUCUGGGUGAAUCCACGGGGGGUGGGUGCUGGAAAGGUGACCCCUCCUAUUACAGUAGUUUGUUCAUGAAAUGAAGCAGGGGGAAAGGAGAGAGGGAAAUUGAAUAAAAGAAUCGGUCCGCAAUUAGCAAUUUCCCAGCUUAUGUCAUUAUGUGUACAUUUCGCGAAGAAGCAUCAAGCUCAUUAACUUAUAUAACCUACAUCUGAAUAUGCUGUUUUCAAAAACUAAAAAAAAUAUUUCAAAUAAACUUUUAUAUCAAGUAUGACAUGUUGCCAAGAAAAGGUUUUAGAAAUGUUUCAAUUUAUUUUAUUUGGAUAAUUAAGUUAACUGCUUAUUAUAUAUUAUGUGGUAUUGAAAUAUUAUAUAAGUUGUAGAUAUCAUGUUUGUUCAUCCUUGUUACUGUAUAUUUAUUUGUAUAAUGAAUUUUUGUGUAAAUAAUACUGAUCUAAUGCCAUAUUAAGGGAUUAAAUAAAAGUCAAUGUAAUGUACAUAUCACAUUGUGCAAUCUAUUUUAAUUAUCUGAAGGUCUUCUUAUCUGUAUAAGGUAAGUAUCUAGGUUAUAUAUCACAUUCUGCAAUACUGGCAUAAAGAUGGGGGGGGGGGGCUCGGGGGAUCAUGGACCCUAAAAUUUUGCAUGACCAUGCAAAUAAAAGGAGAGAAGGAAGAAAAGAAGGGUGAAUUGAAAUAAAACAUCAUUUUCUGAAUAUUAUGUCAAAAUAUAUCAUAAAACUGGAUUUUGUUAUUAAAAAAUGUCCAAAUAUUUGCUCUCUCGCUUCGGUCGCUCACAACUUUUUACAUAUUCUGCCCAUUACAUCAUAUUUGGCCCCAUAGAAUUUUUGGCUGAUUACGCCACUGAAGUGCAAGAUAGGAAGAUCAGAGAUUCUGUUUUUCUUAUUUUUUUUUUAAUUUAAUCAACUUUCCAACAAUACUCUGAAUAUACAGAUUAUUCGUAAAUAUUAAUUUGGCAUAGCAUAUUGCUACAAACCUCCAAUGAAGAAAAGUUAAAUGUGUAUUGGAUCAUAUUGAGAGGGUUUCCCUACCGGACGACACAUUGUCAUUGCCAAAAAAAAAAAAAAUUGCAAUAAACGUUGUAUAUAAGACU